AUGUGGUUCCGGGCGGCGGUCCUCCUGCUGACCUCUUGCGUGCCUUCGUCGUUGGCCAUCUUCGCAGACGAGGUCAACCACAUCGAUUUCCACCAUGCCCUCCUAGGGGUUCCCUCCCCCCAAACGACCUUCUUCCACCGGCCUUCCGCCUCCUCGAAUGCGUCGUUGCUCUAUACCCUGUCCGAAAAACUGGUUCUGGGAGCUGUGAACCCGAAGGAUGGAUCAAUUGUGUGGAGACAGAACCUGGGGCGGUGGUCGUCGCUCGACCAAGGCGCGGAAGGCUUCCUUCGCUCUAACGAUGGAGAAACUACCGUUGUGAGCGCUGCUGGAGACCUGGUAGCGUCUUGGGAUGCGCUGGACGGCAAACUGGCCUGGAAGAGCCGGUUUGAUGACGGCCCGGUGAAAGAUCUCGAAUUGCUGGAGCUCCAGGAUGGUAGCGCAGGCAGUGACGCGCGGGACGUGAUUACAUUGUUUGGAGAUAAAACUGGAAUUGUGCGCAGAUUAGAUGGCCUCUCUGGGAAGGCUAAAUGGGAGUACAAGGAUGACAGGUUUGAUCGACCUCCUGGUGACCUUCCGUUCCAGGUGUCUUCUUCUCCCACCGAAGUGUUCUAUAUUUCGCUUCAGUCGGUCCCGCGCAAAGGCUACAAGAUCAAGAUAACGGUGUUGGAUCCGCAAAGUGGACGACAGACCAAGCAGCAUAUCUUGAGCUCCGAAAACGAGGUGUCAUCGCCGGAAUCGAUCCUCUUCGUCGGCGCCAACACCGCUUCCCCUCUAAUUGUUUGGGGCGAUAAAUCACAAAAGCUGCUCAAGAUCAAUAUCGUCGGUUCCAAACAGGUACAUACAGUGAACAUCGAGAACAAUGGCGGCGAAGAUAUCCAGAAGAUCGAAGUGCAGGCACCCCAGGGCCUCAACUCUCCGCCACAUUUCCUGGUACACUAUGAAACGGAUUCAAGUUCCUGGGCUGAAGUCUACCACACUGAUCUUAAGUCAUCGACUAUUUCCAAGGCCUACCAGCUUCCACGUUUAUCAGAAAAGUCUGUCUUCGCUACGAGUCACAGAGCCGCGAAUGUCUACUUUACGCGGAUCACCGACUCUGAAAUCACCGUCGUCUCAUCUGCGUCUGAUGGGGUUCUCGGGAGGUGGCCACACAAGAAGCGAGCGGUUGACACUGCGCUACACGCUGCAGCGGAGGUAGUGAGCAAAGGUGACUCGGCGGCUGUUCGUUUUGCUUAUGUUCUGGAUUCCGGUGACUGGGUCUUGGUACGCAAUGGGGAAACUGAAUGGACAAGGCACGAAAUUCUCGCUGGCGCAGUUGCUGCUGCCUGGGCUGAGCCAACCAGCAGCGAAGAUCUCGUACAUGAGCUUGAGAUUGAGGGCCACGAGAGCGUGCUUAGUGCUUACAUCCAUCGGGUUAAACGGCACGCGAGGGAUCUUCAACGUCUUCCCGCCUGGCUACGGGAGUUGCCUAAACGCUUUUUCUCGAGCUUUUUGACCCCUGAGGUAUCCAAUCUUGACAGCUUUGGACUUGCGAAACUGGUCAUUGUCGCUACCGAGAGUGGUCAAGUCCUUGCUAUUGACACCGGGAAGCAUGGCUCAGUGGCUUGGAAUGUGAAGGCUGUUGAGACCAAAAACUGGAAUGUCAAAGCUAUAAUUGCCCAGUCCGGAUCGGCCACGAUCUACGCUGAGGACGGCAGUUCUGUGAGCCUCAACAUCACAUCAGGCGAGAUCCUGGCAAAACGCGCUCCCACUUCCAAGAUCAAGUCCAUUGCCAUAAUACCGGAUGGCCCUGCGCCCGCCACGGUGGGUAUCGGGGAAGAUGGUACUCCACUCGAGCCUCUCGCUGGCUCCGGAUAUCUCGUCACUCUAAGUGAUGAUGGCCGAGUACUGGGUUGGAUUUUGGGAGACAACAAGUCACCGGUGUGGCAGUUCUUGCCCCCUCGAGGCGAGCGAGUUAUUCACGCUACCUCGAGACCAGCGCACGACCCUGUGGCCUCUAUCGGAAAGGUCCUUGGAAAUCGUUCAGUUCUGUACAAAUACUUGAAUCCUAAUCUUGCUCUCGUCACUACGGUUGGGGAGAAUACGGCCACGUUCUAUUUGCUCGAUGGUAUCUCCGGUAAAGUCCUCCAUUCGAGCGUGCAGACUGGCGUGGACACGACCCAGCCCAUCACCGCUGUGAUAUCAGAGAACUGGUUUGCGUACUCUCUUUGGGCCGAUGUGACCGACACUGCUGAAUCCAAAGGCUAUCAGCUGGUAAUAUCCGAGCUAUACGAAUCCCCGCAUCCGAAUGAUCGUGGUCCUCUGGGCUCGGCUUCGAACUAUUCGAGCCUUCACGGUGCGGAUGCUCCACCACGACCAUAUGUUGUUUCGCAGUCCUUCAUUAUCCCAGAGCCUAUCUCGCACAUGGCCGUCACGCAGACGCGACAGGGAAUUACGACCCGGCAACUCCUCUGCACACUCCCUGCCUCCAAUGCCAUCAUUGGCAUUCCUCGGCCCGUCCUUGACGCACGCCGCCCAGUCGGCCGAGACCCAACGCCAGCAGAGGUGGAAGAGGGUCUCUUCAAGUAUAAUCCAUUCCUCGAGUUCGACGGCAAGUGGUAUCUCACGCACUCGCGCGAUGUCGCGGACAUCCGUGCUGUCAUCUCCAGCCCGACAUUGUUGGAGAGCACCAGCCUGGUCUUUGCGUUUGGGGGCGAUGUGUUUGGCACGCGGGUGACUCCUAGUCAGGCAUUUGAUAUUCUCGGCAGGGGCUUCUCUAAAUUUCAGCUGGUGGUUACCGUGGUAGCGCUCGCGGUGGGUGUCGCGAUUCUAGCGCCGAUGAUUAUUCCAGUACUAAAGGCAUCGUGGGGAAGUACUGCGGAGUAG